CUAUUUACACAUACUUAUGGACAAAUCUCACAGAGCCAGAUAUUGGCAACAUCUACAGAGAAUCUCAAAAAACAUAUGAGGAGUAUGACGCUUGUUUAACUACUACUAUAUACGGCACAACAUAUUUGGACCCAGAAAAAUGUAAAGCCAGAGGUUUUGACCCAAUCAAAGCAUUUAAGGAAGAAGAAGAAAGGAUCAAUUUGUCUUGCGAAUGGAUUGAAAGAACAACAAAAGAGAAAGGAUUUCGCGCUCAAUUCCAGGAAUUUCUUGCUAAAGUUCCGCCAGAAUAUGUAAAUAAAGAUCCGAAAUUUCUGGAUUACUCCUCCCCAAAGAAGGCAAAUAAGAGUGAUAAAAAUCUAUCAAAAAAGAAAAUUCGUUCUUUAUUGGUCAAAGCUUCAUAUCUUGUGGACCGUAAAAUCAAACUCGAAGAUGGACUUUAUGUCAAGGUCAUUGCUGUAAAGAUGAACAAUGAUAAUGUUUUUUUAGAGGCGGAGGAAAAAGUGGGAGAUGAGUUGGAAUACUACGAAAUUACGUAUCAGCAAGAUAUG